AUGGGCUCACUCAGCAGCAUACGUUUUCUCGCGUACGCGACCCUCGCCUUCGGUCUUGCCCAAUUGUGGACAAAGUGGAGGAGGGUGGCUCGUUCGGUCGGGAAUCUGCCCGGUCUCGUCACGAUCUUCGCGCCUACAACUCUAGCAAGCAACCUGUUGCCUCGCAUUCCCUUGAUCACGAAAGGAAGAUCUCGAGAGAUCGAAACGGGAUACGCAGACUUCGCUGUUGCUGGCUGUGAUGCAUUCGCUCACAGAUCGACGUGGCCGAGGCCUGAUGUUAUGCUGUAUGUGGCCGACCCCGGUGCAAUCAAAGAGAUCACGACCUACCGUUCUCGCUUCCCCAAACCAGUGGAACAAUAUGGAGUUCUUGCGUUUUACGGCAAUAACAUCGUAGCAUCUGAGGGAGAAGAGUGGAAGCGAUACCGAAAGAUCAGCGCGCCCGCGUUCUCUGAAGUGAGCCUCGCAAUAUGCCGUGUUCGUAGUGUUGCUCAUAUACACCCUGCGAAGAGCAACAACAAACUUGUAUGGGAUGAAAGCGUUCGCAUCCUCCUUGACAUGAUCGAGAACGUAUGGAACCGCGCGAGUUCUGUGUCCAUUGACCACGUUCUCGAGGUUACUCUGCCGAUUACCUUGUUCAUCAUCGCCGCUGCUGGCUUCGGCAGGCGUAUGUCGUUCACCGAAGAACUUACGGUCCCCCCCGGCUUCACGAUGACCUUCAAGGAUGCGCUUCGCGUCGUCUCUGAAGGCGUGCUGAUCAAGCUCGCAGUACCAAAACGUGCUUUAGGGCUCACCAAGAGGUUCCGCGAGGUCGACAUCGCGUUUGAGCAGCUACAGAAGCAUAUGUUGCACAUGAUCAGGUCUAGAAAGCAGUCGCCCGGGGAGGACGGGGGCCACGACCUGUUCAGCAGUCUCCUCGGCGCAGCCUUCAAUGACGCAGACGAUGAGCCGACACUGGCAGACGAUGAGCUUAUGGGCAAUAUCUUUGUCUUUCUGCUCGCUGGGCACGAGACCACGGCGCACAGCCUCGCCUUCUGCUUUGCACUCCUGGCUCUCUAUCCUGAGAAGCAAGAUAGACUGUUCGAGCACAUCAAGAGCGUCAUGUCGGAUCUAGAUCACUUCCCACAAUACCAAGAUAUGGCGCGUUUUACCUACUCAAUGGCCGUUUUCAACGAGACGUUGCGCAUUCGGCCACCUGUUACGGUCAUCCCAAAGUAUAGCGAGGAGGAUACGACCUUAAAUGUAAAGGAUGCCGAAGGACGGACCAGGACGAUACCUGUACCCAAGGGCACUGCCAUCAAUAUACAUACACCUGGACUUCAUAACAAUCCGCACUACUGGGAGAGCCCUAGCGAGUUCAUACCUGAACGUUUUCUGGGGAACUAUCCUAAGGACGCCUUUCUCCCAUUCAGACCUCGCGCUUGUAUCGGACGACGUUUCGCUGAGACUGAAGCGGUCGCCAUUCUGACCAUCCUCAUGUCGCAGUACCGCGUCCAUGUGAAGGAAGACCCGAAGUACGCUGCAGAGACUCACGCGGAGACGCAUGCCCGACUACUUCGAAGUGUGAACGGCUUGACCACUACACCUAUCGACAUACCGCUAACCUUUGAGCGUCGCAUGUGA